AUGAGUGACCAAGAUGAUGCACUUCAGGACCAUGGCUCAAAAAUUCCCAAUAAUACAUUUUUAUCCAGAAUUUUCGGACUGCAAUCUGACGAUAUCCGUACGUCUAUACAUACGCAGGAUAUGAGUACUUUCCAGAUGAAUACCAUAGAUGAAAAUGAACAUUCUACAGGCGAAGAUCAAAUGCGGGUGCCAGAAUCUGAUCAAGAAACUAGUUCCGAGGAAGGUGAAGCCGAAGACGAAGACGAAGAUGAACAUGAGCGUGAGCAUGAGCAUGAAGAUAAUAGGUCUAAAGACAGUCUAUUUGUUCCACCACUAACUACAGAUAAAUCAUUUCAUGUACAUAGAGGUGACGAAACCAAAUUUAGCUCAAUACAAAAGAUUGGGCAAUUAUCUUCUGACGAAGAAACUAAUCUAGCAAAUGAGGACGAUGCUGAUGGUGAAGAAGACCGACCCUUGUUCGACAAAAGGUUAAAGGUUGAACCAUCUAAUCGAUAUCCUCAAUUCUUUCAGCGAGUUACUCAAAAUAACGGUAAUACAAAACAGAAUAAGAAGCGGGAGCAAAGUUUAUUUACGUCACCUGCAGAACAUCAAUCAAGAAAGCAAUUAAGAAAUGGAAUGCGUUCCUUUUUUGAAGAUGUUGAACCUAUACAUGGCAAUACCGGAAGUAGGAGUUUUAUUUUUGGAAAUACUUCUACAGCUAAAACAAGGUUUUCAUUGAAAAGGCCAAAUAUUCUCAAGAACGUUUCUAUCCUAAACAAUACUCCCGCAAAUAAGAUUAACACGCUAAGCCGCAAGGAAAAAGCUCUCUGGAAAUGGGCAAAUGUGGACAAUUUAGAUGUCUUUUUACAAGAUAUUUACAAUUAUUACCUUGGUAAUGGGUUCACAUGCAUAGUGCUAGAGAAGGUUUUAAAUAUAGCCACUUUAAUAUUUGUGGUUUAUAUUUCAUCAUAUCUUGGAUACUGUAUAGACUACUCUAAAAUCACCACUACCAAGCGUUUGGCAGACAUAAAAAUUGAAAACUGUUAUUCCAAAAAUAUUACAGGCUUUACAAAACUUCUAUUAUGGAUAUUCUAUACAUUUGUUGUUCUGAAGAUAAUACAACUUUACUUUGAUGUAAAGAAUCUGAUAGAUAUCCAUAACUUUUACAAUUAUUUACUCAAUAUAUCGGAUAAUGAGUUGCAAGCAAUUCCAUGGCAAAAUGUUAUUGAACAAAUUAUGUUUUUGAAAGAUCAGAAUGCACUGACAGCAAAUGUUGUGGAAGUGAAAGCUAAAAAUAAAAUUGAUGCACACAUUGUGGCAAACAGAAUUAUGAGAAAGGACAAUUAUUUGAUUGCAUUGUACAAUAAUAACAUUCUAAAUCUUUCAUUGCCUAUUCCGAUGUUUAGAACAAAUACCUUAACAAAAACUUUGGAGUGGAAUAUUAAUCUUUGUAUUAUAGGAUUUGCAUUUAAUGAAUCUGGAUUCAUUAAACAAAUGUUUUUGAAGGAUAUACAACGUGGGUACAUAAUGGAGGAGCUAAGGAAAAGAUUUAUGCUUGCCGGAUUUUUAAACCUCAUUUUGUCUCCAUUUCUGGUAACGUAUUUCGUCAUGUUAUACUUUUUCCGCUAUUUUAACGAGUACAAAACUUCUCCAGGAUCAAUAAAUGCUAGACAAUACACCCCAAUUGCUGAAUGGAAAUUUAGAGAACAUAACGAAUUGUACCAUAUUUUCAAAAAAAGAAUAGGGUUGAGUUCACAAAUUGCCGACAAAUACAUUGAUCAAUUUCCAAAGGAAAAAACCAAUCUCAUACUGAAAUUUGUAGCUUUCAUCUGUGGCUCGUUUGCAGCGAUAUUAGUGCUUCUAACCAUUUUCGAUUCAGAGAACUUCCUAAACUUCGAGAUUAUUGGCGAUAAAACUGUCAUUUUUUUUAUUACAAUUCUGGGAACGAUAUGGAGUAUCUGUCGAAAUGCAAUAAGUGACAAAUAUACCAUAUUUAAUCCAGAAGACACAUUGACUGAAUUGGCAUCGUAUACGCAUUAUAUGCCUAAAGAAUGGGAAGGAAGGUAUCAUACAGAAGAAAUUAAAAACGAAUUUUGCACAUUGUACAACCUGAAAAUUAUUAUUUUGCUUAGAGAGUUGGCAAGUUUGGUCAUCACUCCAUUUAUUUUAUGGUUUUCUUUGCCAAACUCUGCAGGAAAAAUUGUAGACUUCUUCAGAGAAUCAUCGGUAUAUGUGGAUGGGCUAGGUUAUGUGUGUAAAUAUGCUGUCUUUGACGAUAUUAGAAUGAAAGAAGGUAAUACUGACACAAUCAAUGUGUCAAAGGGGGAUAAUGAUGUAUCCGAUAAAAGAGAAGCAACCACUAACCAACCUGAGCAAGUCACAGAGGAAGAAAAUGAUGUGGCAAAGAACAAAAUGAUGCAAUCCUAUAUGUAUUUCAUUGACGAUUAUGAGAACGACGCAAAUUUUGUCGGAAAAUACCAAUUACCUAUCAGAAAUAACAAUGAACAGAUUGCUUCAAGUCAAAUUCUAAAAAACACAUAUUCAUGGAAGAAACAGUUCAAACCGGGGCAGCGUCCUGAAUUAUUUAGAAUUGGCGAACCUAAUCCUAAUUUCGCAAAUAAUGGCGGAAAAAAACAAAAUCAUAGUAACUUGACUGAGUCAUUUAUUAAUGCCAGAGGUUCACUUCAUCAGUAUAGAAAUAGCGAAUUAAAUUCAACUGAGGGAACGGAGUCGCUUGAUGAUCCUCAUACAGGAAUGCUUGGCCUCGUAAAAGAGUACUACAAGAAAUCUGAUGUUGGCAGAUGA